CGCCCAUAAACCUCUCCUCGACCAGCUCAAGCCUAAGUUGAAAGCGGGCAAGGAUGCAGUCCGCUCUACGAUUCUUCACUCGGAUACACCAACCAUGGUCAACACAAUCUUUGCUGUCAAGGACACUUCUUUCUCCUACCCCUAAGAUUCUCCAGCAUCCAUCGCGAUCAAUCCUUCUACAAUCUGCAUGUCGCAAUUUCCACUCGUCACCGCCAGCUCUCGCAACUCUCAACCAAGCUGCACGUCGCAAACCACGACCAAGGCGGAACAAGGCCAAGUCUCCUCUAUUGGAGGACAACCCUCAGCGAAAGGGUGUUGUUGUGGACGUCAUCAUUGGAAAGCCCAAAAAGCCCAACUCGGCUAAGCGUAAAGUCGCUCGAGUGAAGCUUACCACGGGAAAGACUGUGCAAGCGUAUAUUCCUGGUGAAGGUCACAACUUGCAGGAACAUAGUGUGGUGUUGGUCAGAGGUGGUCGUGCACAGGAUCUUCCCGGUGUCCGGUACGUUCAUUCUAUGUGCGUUUUGUCGUUAACAACUAAACCGUUCAAACUUGCUAGCUAUAAAGUUGUCCGAGGAACCUUGGACUUUGGUGGUGUCAUCAACCGUGUGAAUGCCAGGAGUCGAUACGGAGCGAAGAAGCCCAAGCAAUAGAGAUCCACUGCAUCUUGUACCUCGCUUUCUGCACUAUUUUAUAUGCACGUAUUCUAUUCAGAUGCAAUACUCAGGCUGGAGAUCAAUAUCAUGAUGAUGAUGCUAAGGUAUACGACAAGAGUGUGAUUAUACUAACAAUCCCCGCAAUGCUAAAUCCAGGACAACGUGAAUAAGGCGUCAUGAAAGUCCGAAGUGUCCAUAGUGAAUGCGUCAUGUCAUGUCAUGUCAUAAUCAACUUUCCUGUUUCCCUGAUCCUUGUCUCCCUCUCUCGCGUCCUCCUCACAGCUUUGUCAAUUUCCACAUUGAUCGCCCAAACCCAUGCAUCCCUCUCCAACUUGCUCCUAGUCCGAUAUACCCCAAGCUUCCGCUUGGCAUUCAGAGGAGGCACAUCGGCAUGCAUUGUCUUCGUCCCAUCCGUAGAUGCAACAGGAUGGGCCGCUUGGAUCAUCUCUUCUGAGGGAACGUGCCUCCGGUACCAAAUCAUGAAGAUUGUAUCCUCAUCGGACUCAUCAGAUUCAAGCCCAUCCCGGUAGCGACGAGGCAAAGAUGGAGUGUCGGGAUGGUAUUGACCUGGUGGUAGACGUUGAGCGGCGAUGUAACCGGAACAAACGUAGGCGUCCAGAAGAUUGACAGUGAGAUGUCGACGGUGGUGUAGAGACGGCGUUCCUGUGACGUGAAAUUGGACGAGAUGACCAGAUACAAGAACAAGCUGCAGUUGUCUGACCGAAUCAUUUGAUAUCAUACGGUAGUACUGAAACGACUGAGCACUUACUUGUACGGUCCUUUUCGACCCAAACGCCAGAAUACGCGUCCACACUUCAGUAUGGGUCGACACUCGUCGAGCACACACCAAUUGUAGAAUACACUCAGCUCUGGCAAGGGCGCAUCGGGACUGGGCAGAUGUUCUGGUGUUUUCUCC